AUGCAACAAUUUAGAGAGAGUGAGAAUAAUAGUGAAAAUUUAAAUGAGGAAGAUAAGUAAUGUAAUAAAUAGUAUAACAAAAGCAGUUCGAUAAAUUAACAUGUACCAUAGUUUCCUCCUAAAAAAGCUCCGUCAUUUUCAAUAGAAGGACCAUAAAUUCUAGGGCUACUAUUAUAAUUCAGACAUUCUUAAGGGAAUGCAAGAAGAGAAUUAGAAUGUUAGUUAAUAAAAAGAUUAGUUAAUAUAAAAAAGAAUUAUGAACCAGAUUUUUAUAGAUUAAAUGGAAGUUGGGCAUGGAAAUACACAAAUUAUUUAUAUGAAAAUUCAAAUACAUUACCUGGUCCAAUAGAUAAUACAAGUUUAUUACAAAUAAAAGAGCCAAUUCGUAAUCGUGAUUAUUUUGUAUUGACAGAUACAGUUUGGAGAUUUUUAGUAGAAGAAUAUGGUGGAGGUCCUGAAAUAUUGGAAGAUAAAAUACCACUUUCUCCAGUUUCAAAUAUAUCAUCAACUAUUGAUAGAGCAAAAUCAGCUGAUAUAAGUAUAUAAUCUAGUAUUUCAUAAUAUGAGUAUCCAUCCGAAAUUCCAUUAAAAGGAUUAAAGAAUGAAUUAUUCUAUUGUUAUAUGCAUUCAAUUCUUUAAUGUUUAAUGGGCAUUUAAGAAUUUAAUCAUUUUAUAUUAAACAGUAUUAAUAGACAUAAUGAAUAGAAAAUGUUAUAUUGUAGAGGAUAUAAAGACAUGUUAUUGUAAAUACGUGAAACAUAAAGUGAUUAUAUAAAAAUUAAUACUUUAAGAACAACAAUAAGUAAAAAGUUUAAUCCAAAAUAAUAACAUGAUGCAUAAGAGUUUCUUUUAUAUUUAAUAACAAUGAUGGAAGAUGAAAUAUUAGAAUUAAAUAAAGAAUGUGAAUAAAAAUAGCAACCUAAAAUUGAAAAUAUUAUAAAGAAGUAUCUAAAAGGAUAAAUAUUAAGUGAAUUAAUAUGUAGAAAUUGUAAACAUAAGUCACCAAUUUCAGAAGAGUUUCUGACUUUAUCAUUAGCACUGACAAAAGUUACUACUGUAAAUUAAUCAUUAGAAGACUUUUUCAAAGAUGAAAUAAUUUAAGAUUAUUAAUGUGAUAAUUGUCAUAAGAAAAAAACAGCAGUCAAAAAAACAAAGAUUACAAAUUUACCUAGAUAUCUUAUAUUACAUUUAAAGAGAUUUAAGUUUUUUCCAAAAUCUACUAAAAUCACAUAAUAAAUUAAAUUUUCAAUUGAAUCAAAUUUCUGCAAUACAGAAUAUAAAUUAAUUGGAGUAAUAGUUCAUUCUGGAUCAUUAGAAUAAGGACAUUAUUAUUCAUAUGGAAGAAGAUAAAAUAAAUGGUGGUUAUUUAAUGAUUAACGUAUUAAAUAAGCCAAUAAGAUCGAUGUAUAAUAAUAAUAAGGUUACAUCUUAUUUUAUUAAUAACUUUUUUGA